ACUGGAAGAAACAGGAGCAAAUAUUAUUCACUCAGAUGCCUUUCUGACCACACUCUCUCUCGACAAGCCCACAGAGCUGGAAACCAAUGUUGACUGCUAUUUCCAUCACCAUCUCAUUGCUACUGGCAUAUGCGCUUGCCAGGGUGGUGUUCCCACCCUGGAGCUUCCCUCGUAACAUACCAACAGUGCCAUUCUACGUCUCAUUCCUGGGCACUUAUACGUCGCUGGAUCAGAGACAGAUAUACGAGAGGUAUAUCAGGCCGUAUGAGAAGUAUGGUGCCGUGAAGAUUUACUUCGCCAAUAGAUGGAAUGUGCUGGUGAUCAAGCCCGAGCUCUUGCAACAAGUGUUCAGGGACGAGACGACGUUUGCCAAGUCAGGCAACCAUAGGAAGAUACCACGUGCCGUCUUGAGCCAGUAUACUGGUGAUAACGUUAUCAGUGCACACGGUGCUGACUGGAAGCUUUACAGAGGUGUAAUACAGAAGGCCAUUCAGUUUCCAGUGAAGUCGCAUCUGUAUACCAACACUCUGAAGUUUGUCGAGCUGAUCAGGAGAGACUGUUCGGUGCCUUUAUACGUUUCAGACUAUCUACAGAGGCUCUCAUUGGCUAACGUCUCGAUGUGUAUGCUUGGUGUUGACUUCCACACGCUGGAAUUGGACUGUACGUCUGAGUUGCACAUGAAGCUGAAGCUGGUCAAGUCACACAUAUUCAAGCCUCUUUAUAUGAACUUCCCCAUUUUAGACUCCCUGCCGAUUCCCUCGAGGCUGGAAGCAAGACGACAGGUUGAAUCAUUCAGAAGUUACUACACAGAACAAGUGAUGAAGGCCCAGGUAUCUGGUGAUUCUGAUGUUGAAUGUGCAGCCUUCCAGCUCUACACGGCUUUCAAACAGGGCAAGAUUACAGCGAAGCAGAUGACUGAUAAUUUGGUGAUUAUACUUGUUGCAGGGCAUGAAAACCCCCAGUUGCUAUUUACAUCAUUGCUGUACAUGUUGGCCAAGUACCCCACGGUCCAGCACAGGGUUCGUCAAGAGAUCUCCCAGUAUGACGUUGAGUUUGUUGAACAGAUGCCCUUCUUGACGAGUGUCUUGUUUGAAACGUUGAGGUUCUUUCCACCAUUAGGUCAGAUCAUCAACAGGUGUACUUCGAAGGAUACUCUUCUUGGAGACUGUAUCCAUAUCCCCAAAGGUACGUAUGUUGGUUACAACAAUUACUCAACAACACACUCUUCAUCGUGGCAGGAGGCUGACUCUUUCAAGCCAGAGCGAUGGGGAACAGAGAUGGAAGACAUCAUGGACUUUUACAAGCAUUGCAAGAGCAGCUCAACGUUGCCAACGUUCCAUGGGGGCAAAAGAGCCUGUCUUGGUGAGAGGUUUGCCAUAUUGGAGUGCAAGAUCUUCGUCUACCAAGUUGUGAAGAACUUUGAGCUGGCCUUGGACCCCAAUUGGGUUGAGAGGAUAACACCAGCUGGGCCAAUCUGUCCCUUCAAUCUCAAGAUUAUAUUCAAGCCCUUGGCCUAAACAAGCC